AUGUCUACAACGCCUGAAAGGUCCGAAAGCCAGCUGUUUGUGACUGAGGAUGACGAGGAUGUGGUAAUGACAAGUGAAACGGGCGAAAACGGUGGCGAAACCGACCCAGUAGUGAGUGAGAUACCGAUCAAUGUAACCAACGGGCCAUUCCCAUUGCACAUCUUACAAUAUCUCAACAAACCUCGAAAAACGGCCCAGGAUGCCGUUCUGCAUCCGCCAGUUAGCCAGGUAAGAUACAAGGCGAAAUCUGCGGUUUGGGAGCUAGACGUACCGGUCAACACCGAGGUUUUUUACGAUAGUAACAGGGCAGAAGACGGAUGGGACUCCGUAGCACACCAAACUUUGAAAGGUGUCAGUGUGAAGAAUGAAGGACAAUACGUGGGGAUGAUGGUGGAAAAAGAGCUUUAUUUGGCUCCUGUGGAGGCCAUAGCGCAGGUCAGACCGUUUUUCAAACACAUCGAUUCAGCAGCUGCGCGAGCUAAAAGAGACGAUGACGAUCUCAACACAGCACAGCAGCCGGCUAAUGGACAGGCGAAAAAGGCUCAGAUGGUGACGAUGUCUGUCAAGAGCAGCAGCGAAGCCAACCAGCCGCGUCUGGGUGGAGCGUUGCUGGCACACAAGGUGGCCGAUGAGGAAACGCCAGAAACACUGGAAUGGAUCGAGGGCACUUUCCCACAAUUCCAGCAGAGCGUUGUGUCCGAGGAGGCCCGGGUGCCUCUGCAGCCGAUCGGUAGCAGUGACGAUUAUUUAUCAAAGGCUAUGUAA